CAGCUGAGAGCCAUGGCUGACGUGGAUAACACUAAGCUGGAGAUACCAGAUUUUGUCGACCCUGGUGGAUAUGGAGAUGUGUCGGGGGAGAUGGCUGUUCCUGGCACUGUGGGGAAGACUCAGGCCAAGGAAUACAACACACUUGAUGAACCUGUUAGAGAAACUAUUAUGCGAGACUUGAGAGCUGUAGGCACAAAAUUCUACCAUGUUUUGUAUCCCAGGGAGAAAAAGGCUCUCCUAAAGGAUUGGGACUUGUGGGGACCACUUAUCUUGUGUACAUUCAUUGCUAUGAUGGUCCAAGGAUCUGAAGGUGCAAAUGAACCUGAUGGUGGACCAGAGUUUGCCCAAGUAUUUGUUAUUGUUUGGGUGGGUGCUGCAAUUGUCACCAUGAAUACCAAAUUACUUGGUGGAACCAUAUCAUUUUUCCAAUCAGUGUGUGUGUUGGGGUAUUGCUUGAUGCCGUCUUGCCUCUCGCUCAUCCUGUGCCGUCUCAUACUCUUCGCCCCAAACAACAAUAUCCUCUUUGCUCUCAGGUUUAUUGUUACUUGCAUUGGAUUUAUGUGGGCCACUUUUGCUGCCAUGAUAUUCCUUGGAGAUAGUCAGCCAAGCACAAGAAAAGCCUUAGCAGUCUACCCAAUAUUCCUCUUCUACUUUGUUAUAGCCUGGCUUAUCAUCUCACAUUCCAAUGCAUGAUGAUAUUCCACCAACACACAUUGGAGUUACAUUAGGGUUUAGUGACAGUUAUAAGGGGAGAGCUAUAUUUUCUCUCUUUGGGAAUGUAGGUACAUAUACAAUGAACAGCCUUGAGUACUAUCAUGUGUAAAGCAUGAGGCCAAUAACUUGUAAGUAUGACUCUUCUAACUAUACAUUUUAAGACAGCCUCAUAUUUUUAUUCUUUAAUUAUGCUGAUUGUUGACAGUGUCUCUAGUGUUGUUAUUUAUAAUGUAGUUUUGUGUCCAGAGUUAAAAGCUUACAUACUUUAUGCACUGUGUGCAUUUGGCUGCACAAAGGUCAUUUGAAUAAAUAAGUUGAGGUGAUCUUUAAGUUUGUCUUCAUAUCACAUGGUUUCCAACUCUUAAUGUUUACCAGUAAGUAAAAUUUUGCUUAUACAGUAUUUUCUCGAUUUCACGAACUAAUUCAAGCCACCCCUUUCCGUUGAAUCAAAAUUUCCACUAAAUCGAAUUUUAGUUAUUUUCGCUCGAUUUAGCGAACUAGUUCGCUAAAUCGAGAGUGAUUCCGUGCCAAAUGCACCGUUUGGCGCAUGGGAUUUGUUUACAUCCACUCAGUCUGUGUCCUGCUGCCACCACAUGUAUUGUUCACUGCUACCUCUCGGUCUACAUCUCGGUCAACUAACUACUGUACUUAGACAUCAUGCUGAAAGACUCUCAGAAGUCUCAGAAAAAAGUUGUGUGGGGGAGAAAGUCAAGAGUGCACCCAUCAAUUGGAAAAAAGUGUGAGCGUAUUAACGUAAUUAAUGUCGAUUUAGCGAAUUAGUUCACUAAAUCGAGUGAAAUAUGUGUAAAAAAUUCCUUCCGCUAAAUUGAGUUUGUUAUAUCGGAUUCCGUUAAAUCGAGAGUAUACUGUACAGUAUAAUAUCCAAUGGUUUCAGUGUUCAGCAUUGUUUAGUGUGUACUUGAUAGUAUUACAUUUAUAAUUCAUGCAAAAAAAAUCCAAUUUCAUUCUUUAGUACAUACUGUGUAUGAUAUUACCCUAACAGUCCACGCGAGAAAAAUCUGUGUUCAUAUAGGUAACUAAAUCCAGUUGUGACUGUCAAUGUGGGACUAUCCAUACUCAUCUUUGUGAUAUUGUAAAAUGAUUUCCUUCAUCUCAGCAGUGAGAAUAGUAAAGAAAACCAGAUACAGUAAGAAUAUGGCCAACAUUACAUUUCUGCAGUGGCCAUUAAAAUUAGGCAAUUCAAAGUAUUAAUGCAACAAUGAAUGUAAUGUUUCAAAAUACGCUUGGUGUUUAUACUGUGCUAAUGAAAUUAAAUGCGUUAACCCAUGCUUUGAAUUGAACAGGUUCCCAUAUUUUUGCAUAGAUACACCUGUGUCAAAGUUUCAGACUGACUCAAAUCUUGCCUAAGUGACUGUCAUCCCAUUUUGAGAGAAGCAAUAAUAUUUGUGUACAUUAGCUAAGAAAACAAUGCCUCAGUGAGAUGGGAACAUGUUUAGUAUCCUGUUUUUUCUUCUUAAUCUUGUAAAUGUCUUAUAUUUAUAUUCCCAGCAGGAUAGUACUGUACAGUAUAUGGAAAACUCCCUCUGAAAAAGAAAAGAUGAAGGAUGACCAUCAACAUGUUCAGAAGUAUCAAAGAGUGAACAAUAUUUCUUGAAACUUGAUAAAAAAUGGUGCUUAUAUGAUUCAUGUAAGUUUAGAAGUUGCCAAAUGUGGACCAAAAAAAAUUAUCAUUGAAAAAUCAGCAAGUUGCUCUCAUAAUUGUGCUUGUGUACUUAAGGGAGAUAGUAUUUAGAAAUAAGACUAAGAUAGAACAUCCAUCAUGAAGGAAUGUCUGUCUUUAGAAUCAAUAGCAAUAUCACAAAGUAUUACCGUGAAAAGUCAAAAGGAAAUGCUAAGAGAAAGGACAAUAUUGCCCAUAAGAUUAUUACCACUGUUUUCCUGCAUGCACUAUCAAAUGUUUUAUAUAGGUUGAAGAAAGAUUAAAGACUGAAACUUUUGAUGUUUUCAGGAUUUAAUUUUUGGGGUUCAUGAAUUAACCUGAUUGUAGCUAUAGAUAUUGUACUAUAUUACUUUUAAAGUGAAUUGCGGUGAUUUGCUACUUGUAUCGCAUUCUGACCAUACACUUACAUACAGUACAGUAUAUACAGGUAUAUAUAUUUUAUAUGAAAGAGAAAUAAGUGUGAUUAUUAAUGAUUGCCACUUUACUUGUCAUUGAACAUGAAUAGUUUAAAAACCACUGUGUGUGUUUAAUACCUGCUUUUUAUUAUUCAUGUGCUCGGUUGUUUCCUAGAUAUCAUUUCCCCUCCAUUUCUAGUCUUCCUUCACCUCAUCCUUCCAUCUCCUUGGUUAUUCUCUGCCUCUUCCUCUUUUUAUCAGUCUUUUAUUUCUCUUCUUGCAAUAUAUCCAAACCACCUGGGUCAAUUUUAUCCAAUGUUUCUUUCAUUUCCUGCACUCUAUUCACCACAUAUAUUACUCUCAAGCACACCAUUUCUGCUGCUUUUGACUUGCUUCCAACUAAUUUGUGAAUUAAGCAUACCAUCCUGUUUUAUGUAAUUAGACACUUGAAAUAGCUUUUGAAUAAUUUAUCAGAAACAUACCAACUUCUCAGAGCCUGGAAAAUGUAGUACCUGCUUCCCCCUCUUAACACAAGGAAAACUAAAUAUCAACUACAAAAGUGGAGGAUGUGUAAAUAUAUUAGGUAAAAAAAAAUUAAGUCCUAAAGUGAUAAUAAAUUAAUAUACGAGGUCUGUCCGGAAAGUUUCCAGCCAUUUACUAUUAAAAAAAAUAUUGCUUACCUAGGACAAUGGCGCCUUAGUCCCCUUCAAAGUACUCCCCUUGGGACCUCACACACUUCUCCCAGUGUCCCUUCCACUUUUCAAAACAGUCUGCAAAGUCCUCUUUUGGGAUCUUCAUCAGCUGCCUCGUCUCAUUCUCCUUAAUCUCGUCCACGGUCUGAAAUCUCCCUUUCAACGGCGAUUUUAGCUUUUGAGAAAAGCCAGAAGUCGCAGGGAGCCAAAUCUGGGCUAUAGGGGGGCUGAGAGACCUGGGUGAUGCGAUGUUUUGCCAAAAAACCCUGCACGAGACGUGAAGAAUGGGCAGGCGUGUUGUCAUGAUGAAGCUGCCAGACACCACUUGCCCACAGCUGCGGUCGUUUUCUUCUUACCUCAUCCCUCAGCCGGCGAAGAACUUCGAUGUAGUACUCCUUCGUUAUUGUAAAUGCGACUGUCACACAGUACCCACGCUCACUCAACGGCGUCUGCCGGUCAACUGAGUUGUCCCUCAGAAGUGUGGCUGUUCAUGCAUGCACAGUACGGUCCUCUCUGAGUGGCUGCUAAGUUACAUCAGGCCGUGUGACCAGUUCUCACAAUAUUCACAAUGGCUGGAUACUUUCCGGACAGACCUCGUACUGUAAAACUUAAAAAGAUAAUAUCAGUCUUUGAAUUUAUUCAGUUUGAUCUUUUUCAGAUACAAUGAGUCUUCUUUGCACUGUCUUUUUUAUGUAGUUACCCACGUAACAGUUUCACUAGUGAGAACCAUGAUAUACAGUACAGGCAUCCCUGAUUUACAAUAUUCCACUUUAACGAUGGUGAUGUAUUAAGACCAUCCCCCUGUUUACAAUAUAAACAUGAUCCGCACGCCGCCAGGUGGCCACUCAUUGCGCUACAGUACCAAACUAUGUUCUAUGGUGGUCGCACAUGUAACUCAACAAUUAUUGGUCAAUAUCAAUGUUGUUACUUUUACCAUACAGUGGGAGGACAUCACUAAUGUUCGCAUCUUACUGUUUUGGUGAUUGUGAAAUUAUUUUUGCUAUGUUUUUUGUGACUGUAAAGUGCUUUGUCUCUGUUGUGAAGUGGCAUUAAGGCGCCCCAGAGACUGUGUGGGAGUCGGAGUGACCUUCACAUGUUAUGACAACCAGGCUUGUUCGUAAUGAUGUAGCGAGUGUUGUUUAAUUGUUUUAUGCAUAUUAGUAUAGGAAUUUUUUUCAGUGAUAUAUGUGGGUGUUGGACUGACUGGGAACGUAUCCCAUUGAAGCCCACGUUAUAUUGAUCCUGAUUUACGAUAUUUUGACUUGCAAUGGGCUUUUUCGGAACCCAACUCCACCAUAAAUUGGGGAUACCUGUAAUCAACUUAAUCCAUAGAAUUCUCCAAUAGCCAGAAUUGAAAUUGGCCCAGAAUUUUCCAGAAAAAUAUCCUCAAAUCUGGGUCUGCGAACGAGUUUCCAAGGUUGAAAAUCAGCCACAUUUGAUGAGAAAAGUCCGGAAAAUUACUACCUACAAUUUAAUUUUUUUUUCAGGGUCUGGAAACAAAUUCUGAUGGAUGAAAUAAUGUGCAAUUUCUGGAAAAAUUCUUAGAAAAUGUCUCCAAACUUUUCUGCUCCGGUCCUGGGGACAAUGAUUGUUUCAUGCUCUGCCACGUCCUCACGUGCUUGGUGGGAAGACUGCUUGGGUAACUUGGCCCGUAGGCUUGAGUGCUGCGAUUGGUUAAUGAUUUCAUGUGACCGCAUAGGAUGCCUGUGAUAGUGAUGCAUCUCCUAGGAAGUGUGAAAGUACCAUAUGUACAGGCUUUUCUCUUUAUUCACCAUUCUUCAGGUCAUGAGAGCCACUAAUCCCCCUCCCCGGCAAUGGGUAACCUGACAAAGCACGGAGUUGACUUGAGGGUAGACUCACAUAUUUGUCUAAAUUUUGUCUUGUUUCUGAUUAUUUGUGAGAGAAUUUUCCCAUUAUUAUUUAUUUGAAAGUGUUUUGUGUGUAUCUACACACACACACACAUAUACAUUCCACAGGUAAAAGAAAUUACUGUCUCCAGAAGAAUGGCUCCCUGCCCUGGCUGUGAAAAUGCCACCAACUUUAAAACUACCCUUAGACAUUCUUGGAUACAUCCAGGGUGUCAUCCGCGAAUAAUCAAGGUCCGCGAAUUGUCAGGGCAUGCUGUAUUGUACUUGUACAGUGGUAUUUCUAUAAAUGAAUACAGCUGUGUCUGUCCGUGCAAGAUACGUAAUUUACACUCGGAAAACCUUCCUCGGUGCAGGGUGGAACAUUCCACUGUCUUGGAUGUGACACACAACUCCAUUAAUGCAUCACAUGCCUUUAUUAUAUAGAUUUUUUUACUUAUAUUUUAAACAACGGACAAGAAAUGGUGUUUCUAACUUAAUUAGAACUGAUUUUAUUAACUUCGGUACAGUAUCAACAUUUCUUACAUUUUUUCAUAAAAGAAUGGAUUCCCAUCACUAUAUUGUGUCAAAAUAUUUUGCUGAAACAUUCUUGUAGAGAAUUUAUUCAGAAUCAUUAUGGCACCAAAUUCAUCUCUAACACUAGAACAGACGUGAAAAAAAUAAUUGGGCUUUCACUAGUCAUAAAUAUUUUUGCUCGUGCCCUCAGUCCAAAUGUAAUGGGAGAGUGUUUGCCCAUGCAAGAUGAGAUGUGCAGCUUGGGCUCGGAAAGUUUCCCAGAAACCUUCCGGGAUGUGCGGGUAGUAUCCAUCCCUGUGAGAAGUAGUUUAGACUCUCAAAAAAAUUUUCCAUUACCGGUACUCUGAAAAUUUCUGGGGAUGUGGGAUUUUUUCAGGUUUUAGAGUUGUCUCGCUACCUGGAAAUUUCCCAUCCCCAGAAGCGCUCUGCGUUAAUUAUUCCAGCUAAUGGAGUUUACUGUUCACUAUUUAAAAUGAAAUGCUUGUAUCAGUGAAAAUCUUGCCCUGACAUACCCAUUUAGUAUCAUUUCCUCAGUACCUAUACAUAGAAAUAUGUGUGUGUGUGAAGAAUAUAUUGAACACAUUAUUUUGGUAACAAUUAUAACUAGUAAUAUAAACCAAAACAUUUCAUUUGUAUAUUUAUGUUAUUAAAUAUAUAUGUACAUGUUUGUUUCCAAUAAAAGUUUAAAUCUA